AUGUCGAACAAGACGCAAUUGACCAGCACCAAAGAGUACAUCAUCUCGGGCUGCACAGUGGCCGACGGCGAUGCGCUCGCCGCCAACAACCUCCCUGCCUUCUGGGCUGAUCCGCAUUUCCGUCUGAAUUGGCCGAACCGCACUCUCGAAUACCAUGUGAUUCAGAUUGCCAAGCGCUUCCCGAAUAACUUGUUGACUAGGCGCGAGACUAAACGCCAUUUGAAAGCCGUCCACCCCGAUACUGGUCGCAUCGUUGGGUACGUGCGAUGGAUCCUCCCGGCCGAUUUUGACGCGUCUGUCUGGCCUGAAGCCGUAACUCCGGCGGUCAGCGAAGACGAUGAAGCUUUCUUCCGCCGCCUUGCCUCGAUGGCCGAUUGGAGCACUGGCGACACGACUGAUGGGCCGAUAAGUCCGGUCCAGAAGGCCGAGAAUGAGAUUCUGUCCAAGAAGAGAUACAUCCAGCUGGACUACUUGGCAGUGCAUCCAGACAACCAGGGCAGAGGCAUCGCCACGCACCUGGUUGCGAGCGGUCUGAAAGAGGCCAAGAAGAUUGGCCUCGACGUCUACGUUACGGCAUUUCGUCCCGGCGUCGGGUUGUACCGACGGCUUGGGUUUCGCACCGAGAAGGAGCUUGUACUGGACGAUUCUGAAGAGGGCGGGCCGGGAGAGGUCUACCGAGCCCUCAUGACCUAUGCUAUCGCCUCAUAA